AUCGUCAAAAGCGAGAAAGGCUCAAAUUACCAAUUGCUACUGCAGAAUUAAGUCACAAUUUGAAAAACGGCGUCGUCAGAUCUUAAAUAGAAAGUCCGAGCCUAGCUAUAUCACCAGGCUGCGAAAAAACAGAACCAGAAAAAGAAGCAGCAGCCUUCAAAAUUAAGAGGUAGCUUAGCUGAAUCCUUGCAAUUACUAAAUUCAGUCACUUUCUUAAUCCUUAAAAUCGACCAAACGCACAUAAAAAGAAAUAAGAUGCGAGAAGUUCCAUCCUUGAUAUCACUAACGAUGGAGGCAAUUAAACGGCAACUCAUUAGCGGAGACGAUGUUUUAAUGUUAGCUGAGAUAUAUGAGAUUCCUUCACAUUUAUUUAGUAUUUUAGUGACUAAAUUGCCUCCCUUGGCUUUGCACAACUUACAAAUGGAAAUUAGGCCAUAUGAGAAUUCGAACGGUUAUGAAUGUUCCGAUGGCGGCGAUGGAUGCUCAAAAAUUGGAAGAAAACGUGGAAGAAGCUGCAAAUUCAAUACAGAAUGGAAGACGCUAUUUAAGUUGCGGUGGCCUCAGAUUGUUGACACUGACAGUGUUGAAUCUGAUAACUGGCAUCAGGCAUAUUGGGAAAAACAUUUGCAAAAUUGUCUUGAUGAAGCAGCAGGAUCAUCUAUGGUCUCUUUUGAUGGUUGCAUUGGUGAGAUAAAAGUUCCAGACUACAUACUGAAAUGGAUUGGGUGUGAAGGACAUCUGAAUCAUUCAAUAUAUUCAAAAUUAUCUUAUCACUUUCAACAACUUGGGCACUAUGCUAGAUGUCUUAGACUUCAAAAUGUGCUGUGUGUCGCAGAAACUUGUCAAUUACUGAGAAACAGCCAAUUGCAGAAUUUGGCAUUGCGGUGGAUCAGAUCGCAGGAACAUGUCGAUGGCUUAUGCCAACUGCUGAUCCAAAACAGAGAAACAUUGACAUCACUUGAAUUUGUUCACUGCAAGCUUUCAUCAACUUUUGUUGAUGCAAUAUGCAGGUCUUUAGAAAUAAAAGAUAAACAGACACAUGGGAUAAAGAACUUCUCGAUCAGGACAUCAAUCUUCCUUGAAACUGACCUAGUUUCCUUACCUCCUUCUCUUGUAUCAUUUCUUUCAUCAGGAAGGUCCUUGUGUUCAUUGAGAUUCUCCGGUAACCACCUAGAUCGAAAGUUUGCACGGAUUCUAUUUACUUUGCUUUUUGAUGAUUCUUCUAACAUAUCCGUCCUUGACCUUUCAGACAACAUUAUAGCAGGAUGGCUUUCUAAUUUCAAUAGGGGAUCCUCAAGCAUGGUCCCAUCAACUUUUGGAAUUACCAAGUCUUUGCAGUCAUUACGUAUCCUCAAUGUAAGGAAUAAUAAUCUUCGAAAGUGUGACAUGAAGAGCCUCAGAUACACACUUCUUUGUAUGCCUAAUUUGGAUAUCCUGGAUUUAGGCGAAAAUCCCAUUGAGGAUGAAGGAAUCAGAUGUUUAAUCCCUUACUUCACUGAGGCCGUGGAAAGAUGCUCUCCAUUGGUGGAGCUGAAUUUAGAGAGUUGUGAGCUUUCCUGUGAAGGAGUGACUCUUCUUUUAGACACUCUCUCAACCCUACAGAAACCACUAAACUCUCUCACGCUUGCAGAUAAUGGCCUUGGCAGCCCAAUAGCUGGAGCUUUAGGGAAAUUCUUGUGUACACCUAUUAGAGAACUUAAUAUUGGAGGCAUUGGACUGGGCUCAGCUGGCUUUCUGGAACUACAAAAAGGGAUGAUGGAAGAAUUGAAGCUUGUCGAGAUCAACAUAAGCAAAAAUCGUGGCGGGCUUGAAACUGCAAAGUUUUUGUUGAAGCUCAUGUCAUUAGCUCCAGAUCUUGUUGCUGUUAAGGCAUCUUAUAAUCUUAUGCCUGCAGAAUCCUUAACCCUCAUAUGCUCUGGUCUGAAAGCUUCAAAAGGUAACCUUCAGCAUUUGGACUUGACUGGAAAUACUUGGGACUAUCAGCAAACUCAUGCUUCUGUACUUGCUGACUUCCAACAUAAUGGAAGGCCUAUCUUGAUUCUUUCAUCAAUUCAUGCCCCGCAUAUUCCUUAUGAUGAUGAUCCAUAGAUGUUAAAACUUCUGCAUCUUUACUGAAAACAGCAUUACAUGUUAGGAGUUGUCAGGAUAGGUUAACCUGCAGCAAGUAGACUUUAGAUCCUUUACCCAUAACCAGGUAAACGGAGCCAAACUCAAGAUAAGAACCUAUUGGAUACAGGCUAUUGGCAAGGUGGUUCUUAGUGUUACCAGUGCACGUUUAAUCUGAACCAAGUUGUCAGUUGUUGGUCAUUCAGUUGUGACUUUUGGAGUUGUGCGUUCUGCAGGCCUGUGCAGUCUAUUUGAAAGAGAAGUAAUUGAAUCUUCAUUUGUUUGAGCCUUGCAUUACAUGUUGAUCCAGUUUUGAGUUUAGGACGUGGAUCUUUGUCUAUACCCAAUCCCUUGUCUUGGCCGACGGUGCUACAGCUGAAAGUGAGAGCCUAUUACAUCCCUGUAAGUUUUUCUUUUGAGUCUAUUUUAUCCAAGUAAGAUCAUUCACCUUCUCCUAGAUCGCAAUACAUGGUGCACAAACUUGGAACAGUUGAAGUGCCUUGAAGAGAUUUUACUAUUUCUUGAGCAAUCCCAUAUAAGUGGACGGCACCAUUUAGCAUUUUGUAAAAGAGUAUAUUUCAUUGCCACCAAUAGAAGCAUAUUCUUGCUAGUUAUAUGGUAAAGGUUCACUUUCAAAGUUCACUAUAAAUUGCAGACUCAUUGUCCCAAACUUUGUUCCAUGUGGCCGUUGCCAAAGGAAAUGAUUGUUCUUGCUCAAGACACUGAAUAUCCCAAGACAUAAUAGGUUUCUUGUUCCAUCUUACCUUAUCACUUAUGAAAAAGACUAUUUUGUCCUUGGCAUCUUUCUUUUUUUCUCCUUUUCUUUUUUCAUUUAUUUCUCACUGCAGGAUAAAUAACUGGAAACUCGUUAGCAAGUUAGACCCUUUGCACCCGAAGGAUGGUAUCUCAAAACUCAUGAUGGAAAUAAAAAAAGGUGAUAAAGACAUCUCAUCCUAGGAUAUGGAAGGGGAAAUAAUAGAAAUAUGCAAAAAUUGCAAAGAGUGGCUUGCUCGUGAAGAAUGUUACUAAAAUUAAGGCAAACCUAUCUCAUGAUUGUGGUUCUUUUCUAGUUUUUAUUUAUUCAUGUUUGAAUUUGAAGUAAUCUAAGAGCAAAAGGUCACUUGCAUGAGGUCUUAUUUGACAAAAA